AUGACACAGAAACUCAUCUGCGUCGUCGGCGCCACCGGCAACCAAGGUGGCUCGGUUGUUCAGAGAUUCCUCCAGGACCCCCGAUUCCGAGUCCGGGGCCUGACGCGGGACAAGACGUCGGCGGCGGCGCAGAAGCUCGCCGAGCAGGGCGUGGAGCUGGUCAACGCGGACCUCGACGACGUCGAGAGCCUCAAGGCCGCGUUCCGAGGCGCCAACGUCAUCUUCAGCGUGACCAACUACUGGGAGUCGUUCUUCCGGCCGGACUGCAGGCAGAAGGCCGAGGAACAGGGCGUCUCGUGCCGCAAGUACGCCUACGACGUGGAAUACCAGCAGGGGAAGAACAUCGCCGAUGCGGCGGCCGCGACGGUGGAAACGCUCGACGCCAAUGGCUUCUUGGCGUCGACGCUGAGCCACGCCACCAAGUGCAGCAAGGGCGCAUUCAAGGAGGUGUAUCACCACGAUGCCAAGGCCGACAUCUUCCCUUACUACAUCCAGGAGAAGUAUCCGGAGCUGGCGGCCAAGGCGUCAUACAUACAGACGGGCUACUUCUACACCAGCUACAGGCUUGUCCCCGACUCGUAUUUCGUCAAAGUCUUACAAGCUCAUCCUUAUUACCGCUCAUUUAUCAUGGCUGCUGACCCCAAUAACCCUUCCCCCCUCCAGCUCCCCGAUGGCACUUUCCAGAUGCAAUUCGCAACCAACCCAGACAAGCCCCAGCCCCAGCUGGCCGUGAACGAGGACAUGGGCAACUUCACCUACGCGGUCCACCAGAUGCCGCCCGGCAAGCACUACAUGGCGGCCGGCACCGUGUGCACGUGGCCCGAGUGGAUCCAGACGUGGGCCGGCGUCACGGGGGCCACGGCCAGCUACAAGCAGGUGACGCCUGAGGAGAUGGUGGCCGGGUCGGCGGACCGCGAGUUCGGCAUCGAGGUCACGGCCAUGUUCUGCUACUCGUCGGAUCCGGGCUACGACGGGGGCAUGGACCUGCUGUACGCCGAGGACUUGAGAAAGGCCGGCAUUGACUGCCCCAUGACGGAUUUGAAGACCUGGUUGGCAAGGCAGGACUGGGCUGCUGUUCUGGCGAAAUGA